AUGUUGAAGAAAAAGCUUCAGCUCUCAAGAGACACACCCUUUAGUGUCCUUCACUCAAAUCUCUUUUACGGAGUUACUCACCUAUACCACAGACAUCUACAAGCCCUUAGUGAUGCUUUGUUGACUUCUCUUAAUGAUACUGGUGUAUUUGACUUCUAUCAACAUUUGAAUAUUAACUGGUACGCGACCAGUUUUUGUAUUAAUGACAACAUUGCAUCAGCGUACACAUCUUACGAGGCUUCAACGGUCCAAAAGAAAAAGAUACAAAGACUCUUAGAAAUGCUUCCUACUAUGGAGAUCUUAAAAAUUAGAUACCCUAAUAUUUAUGAUCCUACUUGGCUUUGCUUCAGAUGUGACUGCGCUGACGAAACUUACUCUCACAUCUGGGAAUGCCCAACUACUUGGACUCUAUGA